GGAGAUCGCGCCGCGCGGAGCUGUGGAGGGAGGGAGGGCAGAGCAACAGCAACAGCAAAGCGCGGAGCUGCAGCUAAAGCAAGAUGAUAAGGGCUCUGGUGUGUGUUGCCGCCGUGGCUUUCCUGCACACGGAAGGUAGGCAAAGAGCCACGUCGGACAGCGGCAAUUUUCUGGAUGAUAAGCAAUGGCUGACGACUAUCUCACAGUAUGACAGCGAGCCCGGGCACUGGAACAAAUUCAGAGACGAGGUUGAGGACGAUUAUUUCAGGAGCUGGAACACUGGCAGGCAUUUGAACCAAGGGCUGGACUCCACAAAAGAUCCUUGUCUAAAUGUGAAAUGCAGUCGACACAAAGUGUGCAUUGCUCAAGACAACCAGAGAGCUCUCUGCGUUAGUCACAGGCGGCUAACGCACAGUAUGAAAGAAACCAGCCUUUCCCACAAGCAGCGGAAAGGAGGAUCCAAUUCAGCAAAUUGCAAGCCCUGCCCGGUGGUUCAUCCUACUCUUGUAUGUGGAACUGAUGGCCACACAUACUCUUCUCUGUGCAAACUAGAAUAUCAAGCGUGCAUGUCAGGCAAACAGAUCUCAGUCACAUGUGAAGGACGGUGUCCCUGCUCAUCCACAGUGGAAGGAAAAAAUGAAAAGAAAGAAUGCAGUGACAAGGAGUUCAGAGAAGUUGCCUCCAGACUAAAGGACUGGUUCAAAGUACUGCACGAAAAUGGAAACUACAAUAAGAAGAGUCGCGGACUUCAGAGACAAGACAAGGAUAGAGUUAUCUCCCCGAGGCACAUGCCAGCUGUGGCUGAGAGACCAGGAUUUGACACCAGUAUUCUGCCCAUUUGCAAGGAUUCACUUGGUUGGAUGUUCAACAGACUAGAUACAAACUAUGACCUGCUGCUUGAUCAGUCAGAGCUGAGAAGCAUUUAUUUUGACAAGCAUGACCAAUGCAUGAAACCGUUUUUCAACUCGUGUGACACCUACAGAGAUGGUAGGAUUUCCAACAACGAAUGGUGCUACUGCUUCCAGAGACAUCAAGAUCCUCCCUGCCAGACGGAACUAAACAAUAUUCAAAGGCAACAAAAAGGAAAAAAACUCCUAGGAUUUUUCAUUCCGACUUGUGAUGAAGAUGGCUAUUAUAAAGCAACCCAAUGCCAUGGCGGCGUGGGACAAUGCUGGUGUGUUGACCGAUAUGGAAAUGAAAUGGGAGGAUCAAGGACAAGUGAAUCUCCAGACUGUGGUGGGGAGAUUGAGAUAUCAGGUGACUUUGGUAGCGGUGAUUUUCACGAGUGGUCAGAUGAUGAGGAUGAUGAUGAGCAGGAGAACAAUGAUGAGGAAGAAGAUGAAGUUGACAAUGAGGAUGAUGAAGAUGAGGACGAUGAUGAAUAUGAUGUAGGCAGCUACAUAUGGUAGUCUGGAAGUGUCACGAACUUUACUAUUUUGCACGUUUCUAUAGUGAAAUCUCAUAUGAGUUAUUAGACAUUAAAAAUGAACAAAAACUAUUUCAGUCGGCGUGUAUAUUUUGUACAAUUACCCUCAAAUGGUUACUCCAGAAAUAGGUGCGUCCCCUUGAAAUAAACUUUUACUGCCUAAAUGCUGCAGUGCUCCUGUAAUCUGUGCCAGUUUUGCAAACACAAAGUUGAAAAAUGGCAGCCCAGAAAAGAGAAUUAUAUCACAACUAGGAAAAAAAUGGCAAAACCUCAAAAGUUCUUUUUGUUUCUCUGAAAAUCAAUUUAUUUUCAAUUGUGUUCAAUCCUUGUACAUAAAAUUGCAUUGCAGUAACUCAAGAUGUCUUCUUCACUGAAAUAAUCUGCAAGGUGUCUUUGUUGUUAACUCUCAAACCAUUUCUCACAGCACCUGAUGUACUAAUAUAUCAGGGUUGCUGUUUAUACAGUCAGUAACGGUUGAAAUAUAUAAUCACAGUUCAUUGUGAAAAAAAUCUCAGUCAAAUGUCAAAUUUUGCAUUUGUGCGAAUAUUGUUUCUUCAGGAUUAUGUGGUGGAAUUUACAAGCGGCUAUUUCGAAAGAGAGAGGUAGUUAUUGUCAACAAAACAUUCUUACCAUACAUCUAUCUAAACAUAGUUAAGAAUGUGCAUGCCUUGACUGCCUGAAAGAUAUUUUCUUCUCCCCCCAAACCCCCAUAAAAUUGAAUCAUCUCCUCAAAGUACAUAAUUUCAAUUCUUAGUUGAAAAUAAAAUAGAAGUCACAUCGUGAUGUGCCUUUCAAAUUUAGGAAUAGAUUUUUUUUUCCUUCUGUGUUAAGGGUAGAGUUCAGGUAAUAUUUAAGCACACCUGAUCAAAGCUUUGUUACCAGUGUGAGCUGUGAAUUAAGAGAAAAAUAACAAAAAAAAGUUUUCAAUAGAUAUGGCAAUUACUGUAUGGACUAUAGUAUCCCAUUACCACGUGUAGCAUUAGCACUUGAACAAUUUUGCUAUAGACUAAAUUACCCUGUAUUUAUGUUAGCAUGUUAUUUGAUUGUGUAGAACAUGUUGGAAUUCCACUGCCUUGAUGCAUUACCAGAGCUGAGAGUUCAAGUCCUUUGUCAACUGAAAAAAACAACAUUGUUUGUAGUUACUAAAGUAACCUUACACCAGUUAUUGUUAAUUUAGAACAAAUGAUUGUUGGUUUUAAAUAUUUUGCCAGGAAUCUGGAACAAAAGGAAAAUCAUGAAUUCUAUAUAACUCAUUUUGAUUAAAAUUUACCUUAUAUUUUGAAUUUGUGUUACAAAAUGAAAAGCUAUGCUGCAUUUUUUUUUUACCGUUUAUGUAGUUUGCAAUAAUAAAGGACUCCUGUAACCAA